AUGUCAGCACGCAGACGUCACGUCGUAGGGCCCGUUGUAAAUCGCGACCUUGCGAGCACGAGCGACUCGCGACACUAUCGCGAUGGAGACGAGGCGAGCGGCAGAUUGUUGAGCGAGGAGACUUUCAAGGAAAGUGAGCAACAGUCGACGACGACGACGCCGACGAUGACAUCCCGCGACAGGACUAACGAGUUCGCCAACGCGAUCCGCUCCAUGCAGAGCAGGAACAUAACGCGGACCGUUGCCGCAGGCCUGCAAAAUCCGCGCCGCGCACGCCAGAUACAGAGCUACUCGAACUUCAUGAUGAUUGCCAAGAAUAUUGGCAGGAACAUUGCCAGCACGUACGCCAAGUUGGAGAAGCUUGCACUAUUGGCCAAGAAGAAGUCCAUAUUUAACGACAGACAAAUAGAGAUCGAGGAGCUUACGAAUAUUAUAAAAACCGACCUAAAAAGCUUGAAUCUUCAAAUCGGAAAACUACAAGAGCUUGGAAAAUCACAGAGAGAAAGCUUUGGCUCUUCCCAAAGUCAUCACAUUGCCUCACAUUCAACCUCGAUUGUAAUGGCAUUGCAAUCAAAGCUAGCCAAUAUGUCCAAUCAUUUCAAAAGUGUUUUGGAAGUUCGUUCCGAGAAUAUGCGGGAGGAACAAAGCAGAAGACAGCAAUUCACUCAAGGAUCUCUGUCCACUAUGCUCCCCCCAAGUGUUGUUUCUGGAAAACAAGGUUCUUUGUUACUACAAGAAGAAAUUUCUGGAAGAGAUAGUUCAAUUGCAAUAGAUCUUGAACCGACAAUGACUCAGCAACUACAGCAAUCAAUUAUACAAGAUGAUACCGAUGCUUAUGUGCAAUCGAGAGCCGAAACUAUGCAAAAUAUAGAAUCUACUAUAGUAGAGUUAGGGGGUAUCUUCCAGCAAUUGGCGCAUAUGGUUAAGGAACAAGAAGAAAUGGUUGAAAGGAUAGAUAGCAAUAUAGAGGAUACUGAACUAAAUGUGGAAGCUGCACACACUGAAAUAUUGAGAUACUUUCAGUCUGUGACAAACAAUAGGUGGCUAAUGAUAAAGAUAUUUGCAGUCCUAAUAUUUUUCUUUAUAUUUUUUAUAGUGUUUUUAGCAUAACAGUAUCGAUGAUUGUAUUUAUAAUAUCAUUACACUUUAUCAUCCAUAUCUACUGUUUGUGAUAUAGAAACAGAGAGAGAAAAUGGUUUUUACAAAACUGCGACAUACAUACAGACUAAAAUGAAAAGAUAUUGCGUGCAUUCCUCACUCUUUCCCUGAAUUGUGAAUAUUGUAAGUACAUUUAAAUACUGUUGUAUGUAUUUAAAUAUAACAUUACUUGUAUAUCGCAUUUCGCUGAAUAUAAAAUGUAAAAAGGAAAUAUUUCUAUAGAUAUAUAAUAAAUAAUAAAUGCAUAAUUUUCA